UAAAUGGCAGUGCGUAUUUAUGCUUUUGAGAAAGUUGCUUACUUACCACUUUCUUUUGCAAGAUAACAUAUUCUAGGAAUUUGUUGGCUGAAAUUGUCAGAGUGAGAAAGUUGAGUCCAGAAUUAAGUGGACGUAUUGAAGAAUAGAACCUGAAGCCAAACUGGACUGACCUGGAAGCAGAACAUAGCUGCAGUCAGAAUCCAAGGAAAAAGUAGCAAAAGUCAAUUAAGCAGCCUUGAUAAACUGUUUGCCACAGACAGGUAAAAAAGUAGGCAUCAGAUCAUCAACGCCAAAUUGGAAGUAAAAAUGAACCCAAGUGAAAAAAUAAUCCAAAAGCAAAAUCCAAGUGGGUUGAAGUCAAGAGGUAUUUAAAGAACGUUUAUUCACACAGAUGGUUGCAAAAUUUCAAGUCGAUUGAUGUCAUUUUAGUCAAGCUGUCCUUUAUUCCUCAAACUUCAGUGUGCAAAUUUUCCAUUUCUGGGCUUUGGUAAUACAUAUACAUGGUGAGUUAUGUUCAAGUAAUAUAGAAAUAUUAACUGGAAAGCAACAGAAUCCUCUGACACCUUUUUGGACUCUUUCCAUAGAUGUAACACUUCACUCAUGUCCAGAGGGGAAAACAUUAUGCACAUGCUAACGUAUACAACUUUAUGUAUAUAAUCAUUAUACAACAUUUUAUUCAAAGGUGAAUGAUGCAAGUUGUUCUCAACUUUACAUUUUCACUUAGUAAUUGAUUUGGUGAAACUUUCCGUAUGAGCACAGACAUAUCCAUCUCAUUCCUUUUUGUAACUAACUAGGUAUUCCAUGAUAACAAUAUACUAGAAUUUUUGUUAUUAGUCCCUUAGGGUAGACAUUUUAUUUCUACUCUUUGGAAUUAAAAGUAUUAUGUUAUGAUAAACAUCCUUGCAAAUAUGACUUCUCAAACUUCAGCAAUAAUUUCUAUAUGGCAGCUUAAUUGCUGGGCCAAAGAGUACAUGAAACUUUAUUUAAGAAACUGUUGGUCGGGCGCAGUGGCUCACACCUGUAGUCUCAGCACUUUGGGAGGCUGAGGUGGGCAGAUCACCUGAGGUCAGGAGUUUGAAACCAGCCUGGCCAACGUGGUGAAACCCCAGCUCUACUAACAAUACAAAAAUUAGCCAGGUGUAGUAGCAUGCACCUGUAAUCCUAGCUACUCGGGAGGCUGAAGCAGGAGAAUCCCUUGACUCAGGGAGGUGUAGGUUGCAGUGAGCCAAGGUUACAUCGCUGCUCUCCAGCCUGGGCGACAGAGUGAGACUCCGUCUCAAAAAAAAUAAAAAAAUAAAAAAAAGAAACUGUUGACAAGUAGCUUUUUAAAAAAACUGCACCAAGUUAUAUUCUCACCUGCACUGUGUGUGGGUAGCCUUUGCCUCCAUAUCCCAGCCUGUAAAUGGUCAUAUUCAUUGAGAUGAAUCUCAAUUAUGUCUCUACAGAGUUAGACUAUUAAAAUUAUUGAUUUAGGCAAUUUUAUGUCUAUCCUUUAGAAUUUCGUUAGCUUCAGUCAUCUUCCUCAUAGGUUUCUGCUUCCUAGAAGUCAAUGAUAAAAUUUUCAUAGCCUUCCAUAAAAAUUAAAAAAAGCAAUGCAUUUAAUAUCAUUUGGGUUGUAAACCCUUGGGGGGAAAGCAUUCUAGUCAGAAAGCUCUAAGGGAAAAGGCCCUGCAUUAGAGAAUUUAGCUGUAAGUCAUUAUGGAAUGUGAGAAAGAUGAAAUAUAAGCCAUGAUAUAUCUAUUAAGUGCAGUCAAGUUGCCCAAACCAAUAAAAAUGUCAAUAUAAGUUGGUCACUAAAUUGCUAAAUUGAUCAGCAGGUAUGAGUCCUACAUUCUCAACAAUACAGAUUAUGUACAAUGGUCGCAUUAACUCUGUAUCUUUGCUUAUGCCGAUGGUACCUUCUGAUCCCAAGUUAACUUAGUCUUAUUAUCAUCGCUGCUUUGUUUUUACACCUAUCUAAAUGUCAUUGGUGCAAUAGACAUGAUACAUUGUCCAUGUCUGAUGUACAGCAUAAUUGUUUCAAAAUAGCUUGAAAACAACUAAGUGAGAAGUCAUUUUAUCCUUAUUUCCUGCUGCACACGGAAUGAAAUUGGCAUUUGCAAUAUUAUCCUCAGUCUAUUGAUCCACUGUCCUUUUUUGUUUCAUUUUUCUUAAUUUAUAUUAUCUUGUUCUAUGGUCUACAUUCUUGAAUGUGAACCUCAAUCUUUUUGGAAUGCAUUAGGAAUAUAUAUUUAGUAUAGAAUAGAACAUUCGACAAUUCUAUUUGGCAAAGCUAAUCUAACAUUUGUUUUAUCUCCCCUAGGAUCAACUCCAGUUUCUCAGAAAGCACAGAGAUUGAUUCUUUAGGUGCUGUAUUUUCAAUUCCCUAAGAUGGGAAUAAAUGGAAAUGAAGAGGCUGUGACUGGCCUGGGCAGUCAUCUCCUACAGGUGGAGAAUCUCUCUCCACAGCUUGAGUGCAUUGCUGGCAGGCUGUGCUCUAGAAAUAAAACUGAGGCACAGGGGAAACAAUUGGGAAUUUUGAGUAGGGAAGAAGAAAAAUACUGACUUCUGGCAUUCCUUUUCUUCCCCAUCCUUCAUUAUCUAAGAAAAUGCAGCUGCAGUUGCUGUUUCAAAAUGCUGUUGAUGCAGCCUCUUGCAUGGGAACUGGGCUCUCUAGAGACAGCAUUCGCUCACUGAUUGAGUGGCCAUGCAAUUUAUCAUCCAACUCAGGAUGUUUCUGAAAAGGAAAAAGGAUGUAAUUAAUAGUUAAUCCUCAACAACAGGCAUAAACCCAAACUGCCCCCAAGUAACCUAGAACUUUAGGAAACAUUACUUAAACAUGAGAUUGGAUGGGUUGGAAAGGAGAGGACAGAGUGGAAGAAAAAAGAAAGUUGUUAUCCUGGAGGUGGGUGGGAGCCACAUGCAAAGGUGAAUGUCCCAGUUGUGUUUGUUUGAUUUCAGGCUUUAGAACUGUUUUGCAACAGGUCCUCCACCAAGUGAAUGCCAACAUGGCCAGGUCAUUAGAGCUGAGGGAAAACUAGUGCCCAAAGAUAUGAAAAGAGUGUGGAUCUUCUGGAGAAGUAUUGUUGUUCAACAGGUACAAAAUUGGAAAUGUUGGCUUCACCAGAACCUAAGGGCCUUGUUCCCUUCACUAAAGAGUCUUUUGAACUUAUAAAACAGCAUAUUGCUAAAACACAUAAUGAGGACCAUGAAGAAGAAGAUUUAAAGCCAAAUCCUGAUUUGGAAGUUGGCAAAGAGCUUCCAUUUAUUUAUGGAAACCUUUCUCAAGGAAUGGUGUCAGAGCCCUUGGAAGAUGUGGACCCAUACUACUACAAGAAAAAAAAUACUUUCAUAGUAUUAAAUAAAAAUAGAACAAUCUUCAGAUUCAAUGCGGCUUCCAUCUUGUGUACAUUGUCUCCUUUCAAUUGUAUUAGAAGAACAACUAUCAAGGUUUUGGUACAUCCCUUUUUCCAACUGCUUAUUCUAAUUAGUGUCCUGAUUGAUUGCGUAUUCAUGUCCCUGACUAAUUUGCCAAAGUGGAGACCAGUAUUAGAGAAUACUUUGCUUGGAAUUUACACAUUUGAAAUACUUGUAAAACUCUUUGCAAGAGGUGUCUGGGCAGGAUCAUUUUCCUUCCUCGGUGAUCCAUGGAACUGGCUCGAUUUCAGCGUAACUGUGUUUGAGGUUAUUAUAAGAUACUCACCUGUAGACUUCAUUCCAAUGCUUCAAACUGCAAGAACUUUGAGAAUUUUAAAAAUUAUUCCUUUAAAUCAAGGUCUGAAAUCCCUUGUAGGGGUCCUGAUCCACUGCUUGAAGAAGCUUAUUGGUGUCAUUAUCCUAACUCUGUUUUUUCUGAGCAUAUUUUCUUUAAUUGGGAUGGGGCUCUUCAUGGGCAACUUGAAACAUAAAUGUUUUCGAUGGCCCCAAGAGAAUGAAAAUGAAACCCUGCACAACAGAACUGGAAACCCAUAUUAUACUCGCGAAACAGAAAACUUUUAUUAUUUGGAAGGAGAAAGAUAUGCUCUCCUUUGUGGCAACAGGACAGAUGCUGGUCAGUGUCCUGAAGGAUAUGUGUGUGUAAAAGCUGGCAUAAAUCCUGAUCAAGGCUUCACAAAUUUUGACAGUUUUGGCUGGGCCUUAUUUGCCCUAUUUCGGUUAAUGGCUCAGGAUUACCCUGAAGUACUUUAUCACCAGAUACUUUAUGCUUCUGGGAAGGUCUACAUGAUAUUUUUUGUUGUGGUAAGUUUUUUGUUUUCCUUUUAUAUGGCAAGUUUGUUCUUAGGCAUACUUGCCAUGGCCUAUGAAGAAGAAAAGCAGAGAGUUGGUGAAAGAUCUAAGAAGAUUGAACCAAAAUUUCAACAGACUGGAAAAGAGCUUCAAGAAGGAAAUGAAACAGAUGAGGCCAAGACCAUACAAAUAGAAAUGAAGAAAAGGUCACCAAUUUCUACAGACACAUCAUUGGAUGUGUUGGAAGAUGCUACUCUCAGACAUAAGGAAGAACUUGAAAAAUCCAAGAAGAUAUGCCCAUUAUACUGGUAUAAGUUUGCUAAAACUUUCUUGAUCUGGAAUUGUUCUCCCUGUUGGUUAAAAUUGAAAGAGUUUGUCCAUAGGAUUAUAAUGGCACCAUUUACUGAUCUUUUCCUUAUCAUAUGCAUAAUUUUAAAUGUAUGUUUUCUGACCUUGGAGCAUUAUCCAAUGAGUAAACAAACUAACACUCUUCUCAACAUUGGAAACCUGGUUUUCAUUGGAAUUUUCACAGCAGAAAUGAUUUUUAAAAUAAUUGCAAUGCAUCCAUAUGGGUAUUUCCAAGUAGGUUGGAACAUUUUUGAUAGCAUGAUAGUGUUCCAUGGUUUAAUAGAACUUUGUCUAGCAAAUGUUGCAGGAAUGGCUCUUCUUCGAUUAUUCAGGAUGUUAAGAAUUUUCAAGUUGGGAAAGUAUUGGCCAACAUUCCAGAUUUUGAUGUGGUCUCUUAGUAACUCAUGGGUGGCCCUGAAAGACUUGAUCCUGUUGUUGUUCACAUUCAUCUUCUUUUCUGCUGCAUUCGGCAUGAAGCUGUUUGGUAAGAAUUAUGAAGAAUUUGUCUGCCACAUAGACAAAGACUGUCAACUCCCACGCUGGCACAUGCAUGACUUUUUCCACUCCUUCCUGAAUGUGUUCCGAAUUCUCUGUGGAGAGUGGGUAGAGACCUUGUGGGACUGUAUGGAGGUUGCAGGCCAAUCCUGGUGUAUUCCUUUUUACCUGAUGGUCAUUUUAAUUGGAAAUUUACUGGUACUUUACCUGUUUCUGGCACUGGUGAGCUCAUUUAGUUCAUGCAAGGAUGUAACAGCUGAAGAGAAUAAUGAAGCAAAAAAUCUCCAGCUUGCAGUGGCAAGGAUUAAAAAAGGAAUAAACUAUGUGCUUCUUAAAAUACUAUGCAAAACACAAAAUGUCCCAAAGGACACAAUGGACCAUGUAAAUGAGGUAUAUGUUAAAGAAGAUAUUUCUGACCAUACCCUUUCUGAAUUGAGCAACACCCAAGAUUUUCUCAAAGAUAAGGAAAAAAGCAGUGGCACAGAGAAAAACGCUACUGAAAAUGAGAGCCAAUCACUUAUCCCCAGUCCUAGUGUCUCAGAAACUGUACCAAUUGCUUCAGGAGAAUCUGAUAUAGAAAUUCUGGAUAAUAAGGAGAUUCAGAGUAAGUCUGGUGAUGGAGGCAGCAAAGAGAAAAUAAAGCAAUCUAGCUCAUCUGAAUGCAGUACUGUUGAUAUUGCUAUCUCUGAAGAAGAAGAAAUGUUCUAUGGAGGUGAAAGAUCAAAGCAUCUGAAAAAUGGUUGCGGACAUGGAUCUUCACUUGGUCAAAUCAGUGGAGCAUCCAGGAAAGGAAAAAUCUGGCAGAACAUCAGGAAAACCUGCUGCAAGAUUGUAGAGAACAAUUGGUUUAAGUGUUUUAUUGGGCUUGUUACUCUGCUCAGCACUGGCACUCUGGCUUUUGAAGAUAUAUAUAUUGAUCAGAGAAAGACAAUUAAAAUUUUAUUAGAAUAUGCUGACAUGAUCUUUACUUAUAUCUUCAUUCUGGAAAUGCUUCUAAAAUGGAUGGCAUAUGGUUUUAAGGCCUAUUUCUCUAAUGGCUGGUACAGGCUGGACUUCGUGGUUGUUAUUGUGUUUUGUCUUAGCUUAAUAGGCAAAACUCGGGAAGAACUAAAACCACUUAUUUCCAUGAAAUUCCUUUGGCCCCUCAGAGUUCUAUCUCAAUUUGAAAGAAUGAAGGUGGUUGUGAGAGCUUUGAUCAAAACAACCUUACCCACUUUGAAUGUGUUUCUUGUCUGCCUGAUGAUCUGGCUGAUUUUUAGUAUCAUGGGAGUAGACUUAUUUGCUGGCAGAUUCUAUGAAUGCGUUGACCCAACAAGUGGAGAAAGGUUUCCUUCAUCUGAAGUCAUGAAUAAGAGUCAGUGUGAAAGCCUUCUGUUUAAUGAAUCCAUGCUAUGGGAAAAUGCAAAAAUGAACUUUGAUAAUGUUGGAAAUGGUUUCCUUUCUCUGCUUCAAGUAGCAACAUUUAAUGGAUGGAUCACUAUUAUGAAUUCAGCAAUUGAUUCUGUUGCUGUUAAUAUACAGCCUCAUUUUGAAGUCAACAUCUACAUGUAUUGUUACUUUAUCAACUUUAUUAUAUUUGGAGUAUUUCUCCCUCUGAGUAUGCUGAUUACUGUUAUUAUUGAUAAUUUCAACAAGCAUAAAAUAAAGCUGGGAGGCUCAAAUAUCUUUAUAACGGUUAAACAGAGAAAACAGUACCGCAGGCUGAAGAAGCUAAUGUAUGAGGAUUCUCAAAGACCAGUACCUCGCCCAUUAAACAAGCUCCAAGGAUUCAUCUUUGACGUGGUAACAAGCCAAGUUUUUAAUGUCAUUGUUAUGGUUCUUAUAUGUUUCCAAGCAAUAGCCAUGAUGAUAGACACUGAUGUUCAGAGUCUACAAAUGUCCAUUGCUCUCUACUGGAUUAACUCAAUUUUUGUUAUGCUAUAUACUAUGGAAUGUAUACUGAAGAUCAUCGCUUUCCGUUGUUUUUAUUUCACCAUUGUGUGGAACAUUUUUGAUUUUAUGGUGGUUAUUUUCUCCAUCACAGGACUAUGUCUGCCUAUGACAGUAGGAUCCUACCUUGUGCCUCCUUCACUUGUGCAACUGAUACUUCUCUCACGGAUCAUUCACAUGCUGCGUCUUGGAAAAGGACCAAAGGUGUUUCAUAAUCUGAUGCUUCCUUUGAUGCUGUCCCUCCCAGCAUUAUUGAACAUCAUUCUUCUCAUCUUCCUGGUCAUGUUCAUCUAUGCCAUAUUUGGAAUGUACAAUUUUGCCUAUGUUAAAAAAGAAGCUGGAAUUAAUGAUGUGUCUAAUUUUGAAACCUUUGGCAGCAGUAUGCUCUGUCUUUUUCAAGUUGCAAUAUUUGCUGGUUGGGAUGGGAUGCUUGAUGCAAUUUUCAACAGUAAAUGGUCUGACUGUGAUCCUGAUAAAAUUAACCCUGGGACUCAAGUUAGAGGAGAUUGUGGGAACCCCUCUGUUGGGAUUUUUUAUUUUGUCAGUUAUAUCCUCAUAUCAUGGCUGAUCAUUGUAAAUAUGUACAUUGUUGUUGUCAUGGAGUUUUUAAAUAUUGCUUCUAAGAAGAAAAACAAGACCUUGAGUGAAGAUGAUUUUAGGAAAUUCUUUCAGGUAUGGAAAAGGUUUGAUCCUGAUAGGACCCAGUACAUAGACUCUAGCAAGCUUUCAGAUUUUGCAGCUGCUCUUGAUCCUCCUCUUUUCAUGGCAAAACCAAACAAGGGCCAGCUCAUUGCUUUGGACCUCCCCAUGGCUGUUGGGGACAGAAUUCAUUGCCUCGAUAUCUUACUUGCUUUUACAAAGAGAGUUAUGGGUCAAGAUGUGAGGAUGGAGAAAGUUCUUUCAGAAAUAGAAUCAGGGUUUUUGUUAGCCAACCCUUUUAAGAUCACAUGUGAGCCAAUUACGACUACUUUGAAACGAAAACAAGAGGCAGUUUCAGCAACCAUCAUUCAACGUGCUUAUAAAAAUUACCGCUUGAGGCGAAAUGACAAAAAUACAUCAGAUAUUCAUAUGAUAGAUGGUGACAGAGAUGUUCAUGCUACUAAAGAAGGUGCCUAUUUUGACAAAGCUAAGGAAAAGUCACCUAUUCAAAGCCAGAUCUAAUCCCACUUACCACCUCUUUUCAUAUUUCUUCACAUAUCUGAAAAAUGUUGAAAGCCUAAGCCAGGAAUAAAAGAAAAGUAGAGAUAAUAAUCAAUUCUUUACAACCGAUGGUAAUUAAGCUUGUAUUCACAAGACUUCAUGCCAAAUUCACUUUUUAGCAUUAUAUCUAACAAAUCAAGAGAAUCCUUAAUAUUGCUGCAGUGAGUUUAAAGUGGGUUAAAGUGGCCAUUUGACAAUCUCAUAUUUGUUUUCUCUACAUGGCUUAUAUGAUGUGUGCCUUCUAGGGAAUGAAGGGAAGUGGUGAUAGAGAUCAGCAGCAGCAGGGGCUUUCUUUUAUAUUUUAUGUAUAAUUUGAUGGGCUUUAAGUCACCACUAUUAAGACUUACAAAUAAGCAAAUACUUUCCUGAUGUGGGAUGGUGAAAUGCUAAUGGCCAUUAAAUCAUAAACUUGCCUAGACAAAAGCCAAUUGGAAGAAGGGAGAGAGCAGUUCUUUAGAAAGUGCCUUUGAGAUCAACCUCAGAGAUUCUUGGGCUGAUUAAAACUGCAUUUGAAAAAGAUUGGUUGAAGCUCUGUGUUUAUUUUUGUAUGUUCUUGUUUUCAUUUGGAACUGGGAAUGAAUAGGAUUUCAUUGUGCUCAAGCUCCUGGUUUCUCAUCUCUGGCUAGUUUCACCUAAGCUCUGGCUCUUAAGCAGGACAGAUUCGUAAAACAAGAAGCAUAAAGGAGAGUUAUAGCCUUUUUUUUUUUUUUUUUUUUUGCAUUUUCUUCUCAUUUACACCUAUUUUUUUAAAAAGUAUACAUUUACUAAAAUGAUGUAAUAAAUAACAUGUUAAUAGACUCCAGCUUUACCUUAUGAAAUUGAUGUAUUUUUACCAGUUAUUUCUAAUGUAACAUUGAAUAUAUAAGAUCUGACAAAUGUAUGUUUAAACAUGAAUCAGAAGAGUUGAGAACUACCAUUAUGUAUAGGGAUUCUCAUAGUGUCUUGACCCUUAAUUGGAAAGUUGUGGCAACUGUAAAGUACUUUUUACUGUAUGUUAUAAUUCUUUAUAACUUAGAGAAAGACAAUGGUCACUCAAACUAUGAGAACUAUGAAUUAGGAGAUAAAAGUUUAAAUUUGUUGUUGUUUUAUAACAGUAUGUACAAGUUAGUUUUCCCUUAUAUAUUUACGUUUUCAAGUUUUUUAAUCUCAUCAUAUACAUCCAUACUCUAUAAAAUGUUUUAUAUUCAAAGAACUGUAAAAUCCUAAACAUUAGUUUUCACUAUUGAAAUUGUUUUUUAAAGAUGGGCAUAAAUAGUUGUCCUUAGACUUAUUCAUACAAAUAUAGUCAUUUACUUCUAUGUAGUUUGAGAUUCUGAGAGUUAUUUCAAUGUGCCUGAUAAGUCCUAAAAGAUUCAGAAAGAAAAUUUAUAUAUUAUUGAUUUAAAUGUCAUCCUUUAAAUAUGUUGUAUAACAUUCAAUAUAGUUUAUGUAUCAGUGAUUGUAUUUUAUUCUGAAUGCAUGAUCUCAAGCCUUAACUACUAUAAUCUUUUUCUGCCCCUCAGAAAUUGAAUAACCUAACCAAGAUGCCUUUAGGGGAUGCCCUAAGUAAAUGUAAUUUCAGAUUUCAGGGUUUUUUUUUUUUUUCCCUCUCUAAGUGUUCCUUCCCUUUCUUCUCCUGCUCUCCAUCAUGUUAUGGGGACCAGUGAGGAACCAGUGUUAACUUGGUGACAAUGUGACAGCUGGUGCUUUAUCUAAGCUCCGUUUUCUAUUUCUUGGGAAUGCUUUAUUGUGGAAACUGCUUCAGAUACUUAAAUUGAAUCAUAACUUGCUUCUGUAAAUUGCGUAAAGACAACAAACUGAUUUUAGUUUGAAAAGUAUAUCUUUUACUUGUAAACCUUGUUUGCCAGUUACCUUCCGAAAGCUGUGUAAAGAGUUAUUUUUAACAAAGUCUUAACAAUAUGUUACUUUUUAGAUACUACAGAAAAUAAUAAAUAUAACCUGUAAACCACA